AUGGACGAUCGCAACAAUCCACAAGCAUGGCAAGCCGCUUGGGAAAGGGUGAGCCCCAUUAGACACGGGCGAGGAUUCAUUCGUUCACAAAAUCUUUCCGUGGUCCAGCAACCCCAGUCUUCCAUGUUACCCUCUGGCAUCGACCAUACACCUACGAGUCUCUCAAGAAGCAAUCUUAAUGAUUAUCCCGCGCAAAACUCCAUGCUACCUUACCGUCUCGACAAUGGGCCGUUUAUAAACAGAAACCGCUAUCAAAACAGGCUCCUUGAACGCAAUCCUUCCGGGGGGUAUGAGUUAGUCAUGCCUCCAGGUCUCGAUUACCCACCACCACAAGUCUCCGUCAUGAAUUCAAGUCUUGACCGACAGCCACAAGUAGAGCGAAAGUCGCUCCUCAACACGGAUUACGACAGAACUAUGGCAGCUAGACAAACCAGGUUGAACUCCCUUUCACCCAGAGAGAGAGCAGAACAAGAAGAGUGGGCAUUACAGUACAUUGCCAGGAUGAAUGUCUGUCCCACUGGAUUCGAAUGGGUCAGAUACGAGAGAAUUGGUGGAUACAUUUGUAUGGGUGGUCACCAUGCGACGACAGAUGCUUUGAUCGCCAAAGGGGAAGGUGAGUACAUAGGGGAAAGAAAUGGAGGAUGGACAGGACCGUGGUACUGGUACCGGUAA